UGAAUACAUAUAAACAUGUAUAUUACUCAUAUUUGGCAAUCAUCCUUAAAUCAAGAAUGUGUCCAUUUUUAGCUGAAUUACUUAAUUUGGUUAAAAUAGCUGCUCACAAUUGCUACUGCGCUUUCAAUAAAACGACAACAGUGGAAAUCAUUUUAUUGACAUCUUUUUUCUUUUUUCCUCAUUACUUAAUAAUUCUAUUCGAUGACUGAUAAUACAAUUAGUCAUUUUGUUGUGUUAUUCACUGCUCAAAAACAAAAGAAAUUUAAAACUUGGCAAGAUGGAACUAUGAAAUACUAUAGUUCCAAUAAAAAGUUAGUAUUAACUGACGAAAAGGGCUACAAUAUCGAUAGAAAAUUUUAUAAAGGAGGAAUACCUGUGGUAGGCGAUGAAAUAGAAUUUGAUGGACAUAUUGUUACUAUUGAAUCAAUUGGAUCAACAGAGGUCGUUAAUAAUGUACAACCGGUAUCAUCCAAUACAACUGUUGUACGGCCAUCGAUGCCAAUAAGUACAUCUACGACUACGUCUACACCUAGGACUACGUUGACUAUGGAAACUACACCAACAGCAGUAGCGUCAGCUCAAAUUACCACUGCACCUAUAAUUUCCAAAAAACAGCAUAGUAGUCGUUUUAUUUCUAAAUUUAAUCCACCCACAAUGAUCCCUAGAAAAAGAAUAAUUAAAGUAGAUCCAGAAGAAGAAGAAGCUGAAAAAGAAGAAACCACAACUACUGCAGCAAUUGAGCCAAUGGAAAUAUGUGAGACUCCAACACAUGUUGAUAGUUCUAUUCCUACUAUAUCAAAGUCAACUACCUCUAUACCCAAUAAUGGAAUAUCAAGUCUCUUACCUACACAAAAGAGAGUGCGUGUGGGAUUAUCAAAAAAAACUUCUUCAGCUCUACAUCGUUCAGUUGUACAUAAUACCAAUACCCUAUUAUCUAAUCAACCUAGCAUGGCAAGUACCUCAUUUAUGGCUGCAUCCAAAGUUCUUCAUGUUGAGAAUGAUGCUGGCGCUACUUCUACUCCCAUUACAUCCACAGCCGCAGCAUUUGCUAAAAACCAGUCUUCAGGAUCUUCUGUAAGUAAAGAAGAAACUGAUACGCAAAUAUCGAUAAACACUGUAAAAGCUUUUAAAAGCCCAUUUGCAGAUGGAAAUUAUACAGUAUCAACUCUACAGUUUCCAAAUAGUAAAAAAGCAAUUGGCUUAUUAAAGGCAAAGAAAUACCCAAAGAGAUCCAAAGUUGUUCCAACAAAAUUCAAUAAUAUAAAUUUGUAUCGAGAAACGUUUAAAAAAAUAAUUUAUGAACAUUUAGAGAUUUUAUUAUUGAAUUAUGGAAUGUAUUUUUAUUCUGUCUACGAAAAAUAUGGAAGACAUAAGGAUGGACAAGAACUAGAAAGAACGAUUCGAUCUAAAGGAAUGGGCAUGUAUGUUUUAUGUGAGUUGAGAGGUGAUCAGAGAUAUCAAUCUGAUAGACGAUAUCGUAUAUUACUUAAAGGAAAUCGUGAACAUCAUUCAAGGUAUAAUAAGGAUGAUAUUUGGGUUAUUUCAAAGACGCCUAGCUUUGAGUCUAGUCAAACAUUUUUAGCACGAAGUACAUAUUUUGGGCCAUUUUCAGAUGGGUCAUUAGAGGUUGAUUGUAUUUCACCAAGGGAUUACAGAAUUUAUGAUGUUGGAUAUGUUGGAAGAAAGAGUGGAACAAUUACCGUUAUUACCUUAUAUCUUGAAUAAUCCAAAAAAUAACAAGACAAAGAAAAAGAAUUCUAUUGUUAACUUACCACCUACAUCCUUGGAAUGUAUUCAAUUAACGAGGGAAGAUCCUAUUGAUGUUCAAGCAAAGAUAAAUGAAACCAUCCAAUUUUACAACUUGAAUGAAGAUCAGAAAAGGUAUACAUAUACAUCUAUAUAAUAUUUAUAUGUAUGUAUGUAUGUAUGUAUGUAUAGAGGAUCA